CAUCUUCAUGUCCACUUUAAUUCCCUCCUAAUCUAUAACAACUUCUAAUAUCAUUUCGUAGUUCAAACUUCAGAAAUUUUUCUCGUUAGCGAAGAAAAAAAAUGCUGCUAAAACGAGAGUUAGCGGUGUUUUUAGUGGCACUACUAGUUGUGAACACAAUAGCGGAGAGUCCUUAUCGAUUCUUCGAAUGGAAUGUUACUUAUGGAACGAUUUGGCCUCUAGGCUUACCUCAAAAGGGAAUUUUGAUUAAUGGGCAAUUUCCUGGUCCUGAUAUUCAUUCUGUGACAAAUGACAAUGUUAUUAUCAAUGUCUUCAACAAUUUGGAUGAGGAAUUUCUUAUUUCAUGGAAUGGAAUACAAAAUAGGAGAAACUCAUUUGAAGAUGGAGUAUGGGGAACAACAUGUCCAAUUCCACCAGGGAAGAAUUUCACAUACAUUUUGCAAGUUAAAGAUCAAAUAGGUAGCUUUUACUAUUUCCCUUCAACUGCAUUCCACAAAGCUUCUGGUGGUUUUGGAGGGUUCAGGAUCCUCAGUAGGCCUGGAAUUCCGGUCCCUUUCGAUGAACCUGCUGGCGAUUUCACCGUCCUUAUUGGUGAUUGGUACAAGAGUAAUCACACGUAUUUGAAAUCAGUACUUGAUAGAAACCACAAGUUGCCUUUUGUUGAUGCUCUACAUAUCAAUGGUAUCGGUCCUCAAGGUCCUAAUCGCGCUACCUUCACAGUUGAUCAAGGGAAAACUUAUAGACUAAGAAUAUCAAAUGUUGGAUUGGAACAUUCACUCAACUUUCGUAUCGAAGGACAUAAAAUGAAAUUGGUGGAGGUAGAAGGAACACAUACAAUGCAAGAGACGUAUUCCUCACUCGACGUUCAUGUUGGACAAUCCUACUCUGUCCUCAUCACAGCUGAUCAAACUCCUAAGGACUAUUACAUUGUUGUUUCAAAUCGUUUCUCGUCUAUUCUCCUUACUACCACUGGUGUACUUCGCUACAGCAAUUCUAACCAGGGAUUCACUGGCCCGCCCCCUGGUGGUCCAACCAACGAAAUUGGUUGGUCCCUUACCCAGGCUCGUACAAUUAGGACUAACUUGACCGCGAGUGGACCAAGGCCAAACCCACAAGGAUCGUAUCAUUAUGGUAUGAUCAACACGACUAGAACUAUCAGGCUCGCGAAUUCUGCUGGACAAGUUAAUGGAAAGCAAAGAUAUGCUGUCAACAGUGUGUCCUUUGUGCCAACGAAAAGUGGUACUCCUCUCAAGCUUGCUGACUACUUCAAGAUUGGUGGAUUUACCCCCGGAAACAUACCUGAUGCUCCCACCGGUAAAGGAAUUUACCUCGACACAUCUGUUUUGCAAACUGACUACAGGACAUUCAUUGAGAUUGUAUUCGAGAACAAGGAAGGAAUCGUUCAGAGUUGGCAUCUUAACGGCUAUGCCUUUUGGGUAGUAGGCAUGGACGGAGGAAAAUGGAGUCCGGCUAGUAGGGAACAAUACAAUCUUCGUGAUGCAGUCUCAAGAAUCACAACUCAGGUGUAUCCCAAGUCAUGGACAGCGAUAUACAUUGCAUUAGACAAUGUGGGAAUGUGGAACCUAAGAUCAGAGUUUUGGGCGCGACAGUAUCUAGGACAACAGUUAUACAUGAGGGUAUACACAACAUCAACUUCUUGGCGCGAUGAAUAUCCAAUUCCAAUUAAUGCUCUUCUAUGUGGUGAUGUAGCUGGUCGACAUAAAAGACCACUCUAAGACAAGCUGCAACACUCAUGAAAAUCAUAGGCACAAAGUGAAAAUUAAGAGACUUACAUACACAAACCUCACAGAUCAAAAGUUUCUUAGGAUUGAAGUAAAAGCUUAUUACUUGUCCUGUUUAGUUUUACCACAAACUAGUUUGAAUGACCUUAACUCAAGGUCCUAUUCUUUCUUUCUUCGUUUCGUUGUAUCGAGUUCCAUCUUCAUUGUUUUAAUUGUCUUAAAAAAACAAUAAUUGAAUUGAUGUUUUCAUAUCAA